AUGGCGAGAGAUCGCGGAGCCGGAGUGGCCCGAAGGGAUCGCGGAGGCACCGGUGGACGGGUUAAGAUAAAUCCAAGGCAUCGCCAAGGAUACUACAGGGCAACAACAAAUGUGCAAGGAAAUACGAGAACGACAAGAACACAAAGGGAGCAGCCCAGGGCGUCCAAAGACAGCACGGAAUUUGAUUCCAGCGUCGGCCGCAAUGAGCCCUUCGAAUUUGCGCUCGGCAAAGGCAAUGUUAUCAAGGCCUUCGACAUGGGGGUGGCCACCAUGAAGAUCGGCGAACGCUGCUUCCUCACAUGUGCUACCAAUUCCGCUUACGGAGCUGCCGGCAGCCCGCCCGCCAUUCCUCCGGAUGCUACUCUGAUCUUUGAGCUGGAGAUGCUGGGCUGAAAGGGCGAGGAUCUGAGUCAAAAUCAGGACGGCAGCAUUGACCGCACCAUUUUGGAGGCCAGCGAUAAGAAGCGCACUCCCAGCGAUAAUGCCUUCGUCAAGGU